AUCUCACUUACUGCAGCAUUUUUGCAUAAUGUGAAAAGAGUAUUCCCAAACAUAUUGUCCAUUUGCUCUUUCAUUUUGCUCAGAUUUCCAAGAGAGGUUUUUUUAUGAGCUUUUUAUUUAUUCACUGGCUAGUAAGGGAUAAAGUUGGUUACAAAACAACGAUGAAAGCUCUUUUAGUUUCAUUGGCUUUUAUAGUUAUUUUAGGUUAUGUGAGAAGUGAUGAUGAUUCCGCAAAGAAAGGCCCCAAAGUAACCGACAAGGUAUGGUUUGAAAUCGUCAUUGGUGACGAAGCAAUUGGCCGUAUAGAAAUUGGAUUAUUUGGAAAAACUGUACCGAAAACAGUGAAGAAUUUUGUAGAAUUAGCUACCAAACCUACAGGGGAAGGAUAUAAGGGUAGCAAAUUCCACAGGGUGAUUAAAGAUUUUAUGAUUCAAGGUGGUGACUUUACUAAAGGCGAUGGAACAGGAGGUCGCAGCAUAUACGGAGAACGUUUCGCUGAUGAAAAUUUCAAGCUGAAACAUUACGGAGCCGGAUGGCUCUCGAUGGCAAACGCCGGAAAAGAUACGAACGGUUCGCAAUUUUUCAUUACUACGAAACAAACGACGUGGCUCGAUGGUCGUCAUGUUGUAUUUGGAAAAGUCAUCAAAGGGAUGAACGUCGUUAGAAGAAUUGAAGCAACCGAAACAGAUAGUCGUGAUAAACCACGCAAAGAUGUCGUGAUUGCAGACUGCGGCGCAGAGACCAUCGACGAACCUUUCGGCGUGGAGAAAGCCGAUGCAAGAGAUUAAUUAGUUUUUUUAUGUGUUUUCCAGUGAUACUUUUCUAAGCUUUAUAAAUAAAGUCGUUUUUAAAUAGGAAAA